AUGCCGCCGUUGCAGGAAGCGCAACCACCGCCGGGGCAAGCGCCGGGUGGCACGGAGGCGCAAGCGACUCCACGGGAGGAGAAAAGUUCGGGCAGAAAAAGUCCACCACAGGAAACGGCCGGUCAGCAGGAGGAAAAUUCGGGGAAAAUAGAGGGUGAGCAAAGUAGAAACGAGGGAGAAAGGACGCAGGAGGAGCGAGGUAGGGGUGGGGAGCACUGGGAGAGGGGGGACUGGGAGGUCAUUCCAGGUGUGAGCUCCCCGGGAAAGGCGGAGAGAAAGGCGGAGGGAAAGGCGGAGGGAAACGCAGGGGUGAAAGAGGGCGGUGGGAAGGCGGAGGAGCGAGGUAGGGGUGGGGAGCACUGGGAGAGGGGGGACUGGGAGGUCAUUCCAGGUGUGGCGACCUCCCAGGGAAAGACGGAGGGAAAGGCAGAGGGAAAGCCGGAGGGAAUGGCAGAGGGUAACGCAGGGGAGAGAGAUGGUGGCGGUGGGAAGCCGAGCUACAGGCAGGGGUCGAGGUUCGACAGGGCUGCUGCGAUGAGUGCUAUGAGGCGGAGGAGAGAGGGCGCGUGCUGGAGCAAGGAGGAGCGACACCUGUACCACACGGCGAACCCAGACCCCCCGUCAGCAGCCUUCCAAGCAGCAGUGCGGGCGCAUGAGGCGAUGCAGAGGGAGUGCAUGGGGACUGGGAAAAGGGAGGAGUGGGAGUGGGUGCGGAGUGGUGACUGGGACAAGGACAGGCCUCGAUACGGAACAGACAGGAAGCCAUGCCAGUACAUCUACGUCCCUCCCUUCCCCCGAGGUCUGGGCAACCGGCUAGUGAACCACGUGAAUGCGUUCAUAUUGGCGCUCAUCACACAGCGAGCCAUCAUCACCACGCCCUGGUCCUUUGUGGUCCGUCGAUUCUGCAACCCCUUUGGCAACUCCACCUCGUGGUCGCUGCCCUUUCCUGUGCACAGCUCGUUCAUUGGCGUGGUCAAGAACCGAACGCUGGAGUUUAAAGACGUAGUUAAGUACCAUUCGGAGCGAGGAGCACCAGACGGAGCAGCAGGAGGAGGGGUAGCAGCAACAAGAGGCGGAGUAGCAACAACAGGAGGAGCAGCAGCAGGAGGGGGAGGAGCAGCAGGAGGGGGAGGAGCAGCAGGAGCAGUAGCAGCAGGAGCAGCAGCAGCAGGAGAGGCAGGAAUGUUGGAGCUGUCUGCAAAAGAGGUGGCUGUGUUGAUUCGCAACCGCACUGUGAACAUUCACCUGGCUGGCAGAGGAGCGCACACGUUUUGCACGGAUGCGUGGGACAGCAUCAACACAGCUGUCUUCUGGAGCAUGGCAAUCGAUGUUUACUUCGUGCCCAGCCUCUACUACCUCCCCACAUACGCUACAGCUCUGAAUCAGCUAUUCCCCGACCAUCGUGUGUUGACUCACACUGCUCGGUUUCUUCUGCACCCCGACAACCGGCUCUGGGCGGCGAUCACUCGUCUUUUUCAUGCCAACCUGGCGCACCACUCCCACAGAGUCGGCAUUCAGAUCCGGUCAGCACUCGGGAUUGAUCUCCCAUUGGCUGACCGUGUCCUCUCAUGUGCUGCUGAUGUGGCACGGUACCUCCCUACCAUUAGCUCCUCUAACCAGACACAACCAGCCAACAGCAACAGCCAAGAAGGAACGGAGGGCGAGGGAGGGACGGUGGGGGUGGUGGUGGCAUCGCUGAGCGCGCAGCAUUGGAUGGACAUGCAAGGCCGAUACGCCCUGCACGGCGCACAUGACUCCACCCUCCUCAGCUUCUGCACGUUAAGCGAUCAGAGGGCAGAGAAAUGGACCGACACACAAUUCGAGUUUGCAGUCAUGGAGAUGUGGCUCCUCAGCUUCUCGGACCGCAUUCUCAUUUCAGACUUCUCGUCCUUCGGCUGGGUGGCCCUAAGCCUGGCCGGUAUUGACGGGUACUCCAUGGCGGUGGCUGUGAUCCACGCCUUUCAGAUCGACUGGCGCAAGGAGAAUCGCCCCGUUUCGCUUGUGUUGUAA